AAAAAAUAUACCAUCUUCUUACCAUGCAACAAAAGUGUUGUUGUUUGCCAACUCAAAAAGCGUUUCUUAUAAUUGUCUAUCUAGAUAUUAGCAGAAUCAUUUGGGGUUUAACCUACUAUCCUUAUUAUUUCUAGGAACUCUAGCAUGUGCAUUCAUGUUUUAAAAAGACUCAUCCCUUUCUCUUAUUAUAUCUAUCAUGGAUAUCAUCAUCAUUGUAUUUCAAUCCUCCAUUGCUCUCUACAUUAAUAUGAGAGCUUUAAAACAACAAAACAAAAAACCCAUCUUUAUCUAUAGAAAAUUGAAAGUCUUGAGCAUUUGUUUUAAUGUACUUGACAGAUUAAUUGUUCCCAUUAUCAAUUGUACACUCAUUUUUAAAGAUGUAAUAACUCUAAUAUUUAGGAUUAAAAAGAAGCAAAAUCACAGUACUGUGUACUUGAUAUAUUUGUUGCUUUAAUCAUCACUUCUAUCAUUUGGAAUCUUAUUGAAUAUUAUUUCUAUACCAUUGUUAGAGAUUUUGUUCUCAUAUUAUAAUCCUCAUGUAUUUCUAUUUUAUUAUCCUAGAAAAUCGAUCACUACGAUACAUGAAUGACAGCAAACUUAAACUCUUAGAAUAAUAAAAUCUAGCCAUUGUUUUUGAAGUUCAAGGAUUAAGACCAACCUUUCGUAGAGGAGGAUAACCUGUUAUUAUUCAAGAAAAGGUAGAAUAAGGACUACUCAAAAGUCAUUAAGAGGUUUAAAAAAUGUAAUAACUACCAUUACAAAAUAAUUAAAGUAUUCAAUAUCUUUAUUCCAGGCUUUCAAGUUUAUGGUUCUCAGCAAGAACUAAUAGAAAUCAAUUUAAUUCAAUGA